AUGACCAGUGUUGCUCUCACCGGUCUUGCGUCUGUAGGAAACGUUUAUAUAAAUGUACAGAAUCUAUCUCAGUUUGCUCAUAUCUAUCUAUCUAUCUAUCUAUCUAUCUAUCUAUCUAUUCAUAUCUAUCUAUCUAUCUAUCUAUCUAUCUAUCUAUCUAUCUAUCUCAGUUUGAUCAUCUCUCCCUCUCUCUCUCUCUCUCUCUUUCUAUCUAUCUAUCUAUCUAUCUAUCUAUCUAUCUAUCUAUCUAUCUAUCUAUCUCAGUCUGUUCAUAUCUAUCUAUCUAUCUAUCUAUCUCAGUUUGCUCAUCUCUCCCUCUCCCCCCCUCUCUCUCUCUAUCUAUCUAUCUCGAUUCUUCACACACAUGUACACAUAUAUAUUAGUAUAUAUUUAAGCAUCUUACCUCUCUCUCUCUCUCUCUCUCUCUCUCUCUCUCUAUUUCGGUCAUUUACCCUCUCUACUGCCUCUUACCCUUUUAAUUCUCUCUUCCGCCCAUAUACCCAAAUGAAACUGAUCAUCGUGUCAGAGAUUAAUAUCCCAAUAGAUUAUUCAUCUGAACGAAACAACACCCACAUCAUGCGAAGUUCUCUCUCUCUCUCUCUUUCCCUCUCUCUCUCUGGUCCCAUUCUUUCUUACUUUUUCUUGAUCUUCUUUCAUUGUUUUCUUCUUUCUUCAUGUCUUUUCUAUCAUUCUCCUUUUCAUAUUCUACCUUCUUCCUAUCUUUUCAUUUCUCUCUCUUUCUCCACAUCUUUCUUGCCACUCAUUCUUUCUCUAACUUUCCUCUUCAAGUUUUACUUCCCUCAUAAUUCUUCACUUUUUCUCUCUUCAGAUCUCUCUCUGCCCCUCUCUCUCAACUUUUGUAUCUCUUCUUUUUCUCCAGUUUUACUCAUUAUUGUUGAUUGCCUUUCUUCUUUUCUUCAUCAUUUCGCCUUUCAGUUUCCAUCAACUCCAUCCCAACUUGAAUUUACCUACCUACCUUCCAUCCAAUCUCUACCAACCGAUUCCUCUUCUCCCUUUUCCUCUUUCAAUUUCUCUUCAAUAUUACAUCUCUGUGCCUGUCCCUUGGCUUCCAUUGAAUCGGGUUGUCAAUGGUUAGAACGAGGCACUGACAACAAAAAGGCGGGGUUGCUGGCGUGA